CGCUCCUCACGUGCUCCGCCUGUCAGUCAUGCUGCUGCUGCUGCUGCUCGCGCUGCUCUCCCCCCGGGCCGCCGGUGACCCGGGACCCCGGCCCGGGUCCUGGACCUGGACCCGGACUCGGCCCCGGCCGUCGCCCCGGGACUCGGACGUGUACCUGGACCUGGACCUGUCCUCGGUGCGCCACCGGGUGGACACGCGCUUCCUGUCUUUCACCAUCGACGCGAGUCUGGCGGAGAAGGAGCGCUUCAUGGCGCUGCUGAGCUCCGUCAAGCUCCAGACCCUGACCAAGGCCCUGCGGCCCGCCUUCCUGCGCUUCGGGGGGUCCAGGCAGGACUUCAUGGAGUUCCAGCCUGGAGAGAGCAAAGGGCCGCGGAACCUCACCUCAGAAGAGUCCUGUGGUCUGACUCUGCUGCCCUGGUGGCUGGAGGAGCAGCUGAAGGAGGAGUGGGCCCAGUUCCAGGAGAUCCUGAUCAAGGAGGACCUGGAGGCCGACUACGGGGACCUCAAGUUCACAGCCACCACGGUGGACCAGCUGUACUCCUUCAGCAGCUGCUGCGGUCUGGACCUGGUCUUCGGGCUGAACGCGCUGCUCAGGACUAAGGAGAACUCGUGGGACGGAGCCAACGCGGCGUUGCUGCUGGAGUACUGCCAGGCCCGCGGCUACCGCAUGUCCUGGGAGCUGGGCAACGAGCCCAACAGCUUCCGGAAGAAGGCGGGGGUGGUGGUGGACGGCCAGCAGCUGGGCCGCGACUUCGCCCAGCUGCGGGAGCUCAUGUCCCGGUUCGAGCUGUACCGCCAGGCCGGGCUGUACGGGCCCGACGUCAGCCAGCCGCGGCACCGCCGCGCCGACAUCCUGGACGGUUUCCUGGAGACUGGAGCCCAGUCCAUCGACGCCGUUACCUGGCAUCAUUACUACGUGUGCGGCAGAGACACGUCUCUGAAUGACUUCCUGAAUCCUGACAUCCUCGACACUCUGAAUGACAACAUCACCAAGAUCCUGGAGAAGGUGAAGCACGGCGCGCCCGGGAAGCCCGUGUGGCUCGGGGAGACCAGCUCGGCGUACGGGGGCGGAGCUCCGGGUCUGUCCAACGCCUUUGUGGCGGGAUUCAUGUGGCUGGAUAAACUGGGUCUGGCGGCCUCCAGGGGUCUGCAGGUGGUGAUGCGCCAGGCUCUGAUUGGUCCGGGGAAAUACCAGCUGGUGGACCCCAACCUGGACCCAUUUCCUGAUUACUGGCUGUCGAUUCUCCAUAAGAGGCUCGUGGGACGCCGGGUUCUGAGAGUUGAAAUGCUCUCCCAGCUUGGUCAAGGCGAACGAGUACGAGUGUAUCUGCACUGCGCCAGCAAGAGGAGCUCCUCCAGUGGCGCUGUGGUCCUCCUGUCCAUGAACCUGAGUGACGAGCCGGCCGUCCUGUUCCUGCCGCCCAGCGUCUCCAGCAGCUCAGUGGAGGCGUUUGUCCUGCAGGCGGACCAGCCGGGGGAGCAGGGCGUCCUCUCCAGGAACGUGAUGCUGAACGGGGUGGUGCUGAAGAUGGUGGACGACCGAACCUUCCCCGACCUCCGAGGGACUCGCCUGCCUCCAGCCGACCGCCUGCAGCUUCCUCCCUUCUCUAUGGCCUUCUUCCUGUUUCACGAGGCCGGGGCCCCAGCCUGCAGCUAGCACCUGCGAGGGCCUCCUGCUGAGAUCUGCAUCUGGACUGGCUGGGACCUGCUGGGACUGGCUGGGACCAGCUGAGACCAGCUGGACCUGGGGCUGCACUAUCAGGCACCUGCUGGAGCUGAGACCUGCUCUACCUGGGACCUACGGGGACUUGCUGGAGUUGGGGACUGCUGGGACCUCCUGGAUCUGGAACUUACUUGAACUGGGACCUGCUGGGACUGACUGGUGCUGGACCCUGCUGGAGCUGACUUUCCGGUCUGAUGCGCUGAGGGUGGAGUGGUUCUGCUGCUGUUUCUUCCUCUAACUGAUGCUGCGAGUCGUAAUUGUGCAGUAAAAUUAUUAAUAUUAAUAACGAUUUUGCACCUUUUUCAGAGAAAGUGUAUGAAGUUUGGAGUUCCUCAGGGAUCAAGUCUGGGUCGUUCUUUCCUUUUCAGAUGUGAUCGUAAAAGUUCAGAAGAGUUCAGGAUGAAACGUUUUAUUGAAUUGAUAAAUUUAAUAUUUGUGUCUUGAACUCUUUCUGUGAUCAGUGACCAAAACCACACAUUUUUAAAUAAAACCUGUUGCUUCUUUCCUUUGUUGUUGGAAUGGAAAUGUUCAUUUGUCUUGUUCCACUGAAAUGAUGUUUGGAAUUUGGAGUUCCUCAGGGAAAUGUUUUGGUCCUUGUUUCUUUCUUUCUUUUUUGGUUAAUAUUUUGUUUGAAUAAAUCAUUCUGUUGUUUCUGUUGAAAGCUGGAUUUCACAUUGAAAGAGGGAAUUUAUUGUUUUUCCAAAAUUUAAAGAAUGACUGAGGAAUUCAAAGAUAAUUGGCUUCUA